AUGUUCCCUAUUUUCUUUUUCUCUCUCUCUCUUUUUUUCAGUCUUUUUCUUUUAAUUCUCUCAUUGUAUCAGCAGUAUUUUCUCUCUCUCUUCUCUAUAUUUUCCUUUCUCUCUCUCUUUUCGGAAAAUAUGAAGGAUUUUGUCUCUCUUGAUAUUUUCUCUAUUUCUCUGUUCUCUCUCUCUCUUAGUCUGCAUCCGUAUCCUCUCUCUCUCUCUCUCUGUUCUGUCUGUCUCUCUCUCUCUGUUCUCUCUCUCUCUCUCUCUCUCUGUCGGUCUUUCUCUCUCUCCUUCUCUCUCUCUCUCUCUGUUUGUCUUUGCUUCUCAUCCUCUCUCUCUCUCUCUCUCUUCUCUGUUUGUUUCUCUCUCUCUCUCUUUCUCUCUCUGUCGGCGUAUUUCUUCUUACAUUCUCUUUUGAGACUUCCAUCGUUCUGUCUCUUAAACAUUCUUCCUUUAAUUACCGACACUUUCUCUACUCCCAACUCUACCCGACUGUCAUUCCUGCCGAAUGGCCUUUGCAUCAUUUUCUAUUUGAUAAACUCUCUUCUGAAUUCUUCGAUUUUAUAUAAUUUUCUUCUAUACAUUUUAAUUCUCUUUUUUUCUCCUUUUGCCAUUUCAAGUACCUCCUCCUUAAUGUCGUUACUUCUAUUUAUUCUUUUACUCGCUCAUCUGUCAUUCUUUUUGCUUCCGAUCCUCACUCAACUGUCAUUUCUUUUUGUACCUUUCACCAUUCACCCGUCAUUUCAUUUUAUUCCUUUUCCGAUUCACCCGUCAUUUCAUUUUAUUCCUUUUCCGAUUCACCCGUCAUUUCCUUUUAUUCCUUUUCCGAUUCACUGUCCCGUCAUUUCAUUUUAUUCCUUUUCCGAUUCACCAGUCAUUUUUUUCUUUUUUUAUUCCUUUUCCGAUUCACCCGUCAUUUCCUUUUAUUCCUUUUCCGAUUCACCAGUCAUUUCUUUUUAUUCCUUUUCCGAUUCACCCGUCAUUUCCUUUUAUUCCUUUUCCGAUUCACCAGUCAUUUCUUUUUAUUCCUUUUCCGAUUCACCCGUCAUUUCCUUUUAUUCCUUUUCCGAUUUCAUUUUUUAUUCUUUUCCGAUUUUAUUCCUUUUCCGAUUCACCCGUCAUUUCUUUUUAUUCCUUUUCCGAUUCACCCGUCAUUUCCUUUUAUUCCUUUUCCGAUUCACCAGUCAUUUCCUUUUAUUCCUUUUCCGAUUCACCAGUCAUUUCCUUUUAUUCCUUUUCCGAUUCACCCGUCAUUUCCUUUUAUUCCUUUUCCGAUUCACCAGUCAUUUCCGAUCCUUUUCCGAUUCACCAGUCAUUUUUUAUUCCUUUUCCGAUUCACUUUGUCAUUUUUUUUUAUUCCUUUUAUUUUCCGAUUCACCAGUCAUUUCUUUUUAUUCCUUUUCCGAUUCACCCGUCAUUUCCUUUUAUUCCUUUUCCGAUUCACCCGUCAUUUCUUUUUAUUCCUUUUCCGAUUCACCGUCAUUUCUUUUUUUAUUUUCGAUUCACCUGUUAUUUUUUUUUCCUUUUUCCUUUUCCGAUUCACCAGUCAUUUCUUUUUAUUCCUUUCCUCAAUCACCCAUCAUUUCUUUUAAAUUCUUUCGCCGUUCACCUGUCAUAUUUUCCAUUCCAUUUCACACUCACCUGUCAUUUCAUUUCUUUCACCAUUCACCUGUUAUUUCCUUUUAUUCCUUUCAGAAUUUACCUGCCAUCUCGUUUCAUUUCUUUCCCCAUAUAUCUGUCAUUUCUUUUUAUUCCUUUCCCAAUUUAAGUGUCAUCGCCUUUUAUUCAUUUCCCCAUUCACCUGUCAUUGUUUUUAUUCCUUCCCCAUUAAACAGUCAUUCCUUUUUAUUCCUUUCCACACUCACCCGUCAUUUGUUUUUAUUUCUUACCCAAUUUACGUGCCAUUGCCUUUCUUUAUCCCAUUCCCUGUCAUUCGUUUUAAUUUCUUUCCCCAUUCACACGUCGUUUCUUUCAAUUCCUAUCCCCAUUCACCUGUCAUUUCUUUUAAUACUUUCCCUAUUCUCCUGUCAUUUCUUUUUAUUCCGUUCCCCAUUCACACCUCAUUUCAUUUUAUUCCUUUCCCCAUUCACCACUGACAAAACUGUGUAUUUGUUUCCCCAUUCGCCUCAUAAUUCGUUUUAUCCCUUUCCCCAUUCGCCUCAUAAUUCGUUUUAUCCCUUUCCCCAUUCGCCUCAUAAUUCGUUUUAUCCCUUUCCCCAUUCGACUCUCAAUUCCCUUUAUUCCAGUCCCUAUUCACCUCAUAAUUCUUUUUAUUCCUUUCGCCAUUCAACUCAUAAUUAUUUAUAUCCCUUUCCUCAUUCGCCUCACAUCUCUUUUUAUUUCUUUCCCCACUCACCUCACAAUUAUUUUUAUUCCUAUCCCUAUUCACCAAACAAUUCUUUUUAUGCCUUUCCCUAUUCACCUCAUAAUACUUUCUGUCCCUUAACACAUACAUCUCACAAUUAUUUUUAUCCCUUUCUUCAUUCAUCUGAAAAAUAUUUCUAUCCCUUUCCCCAUUCGCCUCACAUUUCUUUUUAUUUCUUUCUCUAUUCAACUCACAAUAUUUUCUUCACUUUUUCCAUUCAUCUCACAAUUAAUUUUAUUCCUUUCGCCAUUCACAUAAUAAUUCUUUUUAUCCCUUUCCCCAUUCGACUCUAA